GCGAUUAGGCGAAUACGGCACAUCAAAAGCCUAUAAUAUAAAUGUCGAUAAGAAAAUUGCUCAUUCUGGAUUCAACAAUAUCGGAUACGGUGAGCAUGAUAUUGGACUUCUUCGAAUGGCGCAAAAGGUGCAGUUCUCAGACUAUGUCAGGCCAAUAUGCCUCCUCCUGAAUGUGCAAAUGGAAAAUGUUUUACGUUUUAACGUCACCGGCUGGGGUAUGCUUGAAAAUGGCCAAAUGAGUAACAUAUUGCAAAAAACCACUCUAUCUAAAGUGUAUCCUUCGUAUUGUAUGACGAAAUAUGAAAAAACGGUUGAUCAAUACCAGAUUUGUACCGGCAGUGAAACUAGUGAUACCUGCGUGGGAGACUCUGGAGGUCCCUUGACCGCAGAGAUCAAUUACAAUGGAGAAGUUCGGACCGUUCAGUACGGUAUUGUCAGUUAUGGAUCUCAAAUUUGUGCAAAGGGAGGUCUAAGUGUUAACACAAAUGUGGCCAACUAUAUGGACUGGAUAAUGCGAGCUCUUAUUAAAAACAGAGCUGACUAGAGGAAGAAGCUGGAUUGGAUAAUUGUAUCCAACAUUACGCAACAUUAGUAGAAUAAAAUUAAAUAAUAGAGGAGUGUAGAGUGAGUGACGAACUCGUCGAAUCUCACAUAUGACGUCAUGACAAAAAUUCCAAAUAAAUUUAGUCUCCUCCUCUUAUCGUGGAUGCCUUGAAUACCAGAUACCCGUUACUCAGCUAAAGGGAGUGCGAAGGAGAUAAAAACUUUGAUCCGCCGUAA